ACCACCACCACCACCACCACCAGUUGUCUUGCAGUGUCAUUUGAGGACUCAUCAGCUUCGCAAAUAUCAGUAACGACAAAUAGAGAAAUAAGAUUGGAGUCAAGUAGUACUAGUAUUGAUGUGUUGGCUCCAAGAAGAACUUACAGGAAAGACCCUUUCAAUGGCCUUAAGAUAUAUACCGGUGGCUGGAACAUCACCAGUCCUCAUUAUUGGCAUUCUGUGGUUUACACGGCGGUUCCUUUUUUCGCAAUUGCGGUGAUAUGGUUUGCAGUUUUCGGGCUCUGCUUAUCUCUCAUCUGUCUCUGCUAUUGUUGCUCAUGUCAAAGGGAGCCUUAUACCUAUUCUCGUAUCGCUUAUGCUCUCUCUCUCAUUUUCCUCAUUUGCUUCACCCUCGCUGCAAUCAUUGGGUGCAUUGUGUUGUACGUUGGGCAAGGGAAGUUUCACACUAGUACCAUAAACACUUUGGAAUAUGUCGUCCGUCAGGCAGAUGCCACAUCGCAGAAUCUUAUGAAUGUAUCAGAGUAUCUUUCUGCAGCCAAGCAAAUUAACAUCAAUCAAGUUUCUCUGCCUCCAAAUGUGCAAACUGACAUUGAUCAGAUUCAAAACACGAUAGACUCUGCUGCCACCACCCUUUCAAAUAAAACACAAGAUAAUUCAAAACGCAUCAAGAAUCUAAUACAAUCUGUGAGAUUGGCUCUUAUCAUACUCUCGGCUGCCAUGCUUCUCCUGACGUUUCUUGGAUUUGUGUUUUCAAUUCUUGGGAUGCAGCUUCCUGUGUACAUCUUGGUGAUUACUGGAUGGAUUCUUGUAACCGGAACAUUCAUACUUUGUGGGAUUUUUCUUCUUCUCCACAAUGUGACAGGAGACACUUGUGUAGCAAUGAAUCAGUGGGUACAGAAUCCAACAGCUCAUACGGCACUAGAUGAUAUAAUGCCUUGCGUGGAUAAAGCCACUUCGGAAGAGACCUUAACAAAGAGCAAACAAGUAACAUCCCAGUUAGUCGAUUCAAUCAACACAGUCAUCAGCAAUGUCUCCAACAUCAAUUUCGCGCCAAACUUUGUUCCAUUAUACUACAAUCAAUCGGGUCCACUUGUGCCCAGCCUCUGCAAUCCAUAUAAUCCCGACUUCACUGAUCGAGCUUGUACACCUGGCGAAGUCGAUCUCAACAAUGCUACACAGGUUUGGAGCGGGUAUGUGUGUGAAACAUCAGCAAACGGGACCUGUGUUACGAUGGGGCGUCUGAAUCCGACCCUAUAUGGUCAGAUGGCUGCUACUGUGAAUGUGAGCAACGGGUUGAAUGAAUACGGUCCGUUUCUGGUUGAACUUGAAGAUUGCACUUUUGGGAGAGAAACGUUCAUGGAUAUACAGGAGAUAUAUUGUCCAGGCCUACGAGAACACAGCAGGAGGAUAUAUGUGGGGCUGGUGAUGGUUGCUACUGCAGUGAUGCUGUCUCUUGUGUUUUGGGUCAUUUACGGAAGAGAGAGGCGCCACCGUGCCUAUACCAAACACCAUAUUGAAGAAGCUGAUAAUAAGCAGAUAUAAUAUCAAUUUCUCAAAAAUUAUUUCUAUGUACGUUUCUGAUGUUGUUUUAUACAUACUACUGGUUGUGUCUAAACUCCUCAUCACAUAAUUAAUUUUCCAAUUUUGUACUAAUUAAUUUAUCACUCUCUGAAUGUAUUUUGAGACCUGUCUCUUUUUAUUUUUCUUUGUGCAUAAGAUUUAAAUUUUGAUUA